AUGUGGAGAGAGAUAGCAGUGACGGUGUUGGUGUUUCUACUGCACCAAAUAAACGGAGAAGAUUAUGGUUGCUCCCCCUCUUCCUGUGGCAAAAUCAGGAACAUAUCUUAUCCAUUUCGAUUGAAAGGAGACCCAGAAAAGUGCGGUCCGUAUGAGCUAUCUUGUGAAAACAAUAUAACGCUAUUAUCUUUGCUCUCUGGAAGAUUUAAUGUGGAGGCCAUCAACUACAAUAAUUUCACAAUGCGAGUGGUGGAUCCUGGACUUCAACAAUCAAACUGCUCUUCCCUUCCUCGCUAUUUCUUGUCUCCAUCCAAUUUUACUGAUUCUCACACCGACACCUUGGAUAUGUACGAAACUCAGUAUAUAGUGUUUUUGAGUUGUAGCCAUGGAGUGAGUGGGAAGCGAAAGUACGUGGAUACUGGUGGAUGCCUGAAUUGGGACUCCAAAGGUUACACAUACGCUAUGGCUGGUGACCUAUUAGCAGAGGACUUAGAAGUUGGUUGUGAUGUAAAGCUGGUUGCUCCCACAUCGUGGUGGGGUUUGGACACAAAUAAUUAUUCCUACGCCAUGAUCCACACAUCGCUACUCUAUGGAUUUCACCUUUUUUGGCUUCCUCUCGUCUGCAAGGAUCGUUGUGGAUUUGGUAAUAACGACUGCCAUUUCAAUUAUUCCACCCAGAGCGCUGAAUGCUAUCCUGGAUUGAUUUUACCAAUAUUUAGACCAGAACGAUAUGGUGGAACUUAUAUCACUAAAGAUGUUGGAUAUGCCAUUACGCUUGAACCAAAAUUAGUUAAUUUGGGACGUUGUGUUCGAUACUUCUUAUAUAGAUAUGUUGCUGGCAUGAUAUUGUUUAUUGCUCUUUUGAUAUAUAAAUGGAAAAGAAGACAUUCAUCGAUAUAUGAAAAUAUUGAAAACUAUUUAGAGGAAAAUAGCUUGAUGCCUAUUCGAUAUUCGUAUAAGGAAAUUAAGAAGAUGGCCACAGGUUUCAAUGAAAAAUUGGGUGAAGGAGGAUAUGGCUCUGUAUUCAAGGGAAAGUUGCGCAGUGGACCUUGUGUUGCCAUAAAAGUGUUACGAAAAUCAAAAGGUAAUGGACAAGACUUUAUCAAUGAAGUUGCAACAAUUGGAAGAAUACAUCAUCACAAUGUAGUGCAUUUAAUUGGAUAUUGUGCUGAAGGCUCAAAACGUGCCCUUGUUUACGAGUUCAUGCAUAAUGGAUCUCUUGAUAAAUUUAUAUUUUCUAAAGAAGGAAAUACGCAUUUAACCUAUGACACAAUACAUGAUAUAGCAAUUGGAGUAGCACAUGGAAUUUCGUAUCUACAUCAUGGGUGUGACAUGCAAAUUUUGCAUUUUGACAUCAAACCCCACAACAUCCUACUUGAUGAAAAAUUCACUCCAAAGAUUUCUGACUUUGGAUUGGCCAAACUAUAUUCAACAGACAAAAGUGUUGUGACUAUGACAGCAGCAAGAGGAACAAUUGGGUAUAUAGCUCCUGAGUUGUUUUAUAAUAAUGUUGGAAGAAUAUCAAAUAAAUCUGAUGUUUAUAGUUUUGGAAUGUUUUUGAUGGAAAUAGCAAGCAAGAGGAAAAACCUAAACCCCCAUGCAGAACAUUCAAGUCAACUUUACUUUCCCUUUUGGAUUUAUGAUCAACUUAAUAAAGGGAAAGAUUUAGAAAUGGAAGAUGUCAGAGAUUUUGAGAACAAAAUUAUAAAAAAGAUGAUCAUUGUUUCACUUUGGUGUAUACAGUUGAAACCAAAUGACCGUCCUUCCAUGAAUAAAGUAGUGGAAAUGCUUGAAGGAGACAUUGAAAACCUAAAAUUACCUCCAAAACCUUCUUUGUAUCCACAUGAAACAUUGGAAGAUAGCCAAAGAAUGUGCUCUCACCAAACAACAUUGUCCCACUUUGUUGGUUCUUCAAGUUAUUCUGUAGCCUCUAAUGUUCCACUAGAUGAAAGUAUUUGAUAGUGUAAAUUAUUUAUUUUCAUCUAACUUAUUUGACUUGAACAUUUUUCCUCU